AUGGCAUCAAUUCUAGACAUCACCACCGAUCAAUCAUCUUUAAUUGCCUUCAAGAACCACAUAUCUCAAGACCCCAACAAUGUUCUCACAAAGAAUUGGUCUCACAACACCCACGUUUGCAAUUGGGUGGCAAUCACAUGUGGCUCUUCCCACCAUAGAGUUGUUUCCUUAAACCUUUCCAACAUGGGCCUUAUUGGAACCAUUCCACCUAACUUAGCAAACUUGUCCUUCCUUAAUCACUUGAUCCUUCCAAACAAUAGCUUUCAAGGUAAUCUCCCUUACGAACUAGCUUCAUUACAUAGAUUGAGAACCAUUGACCUUCGAUUCAACAACCUUAGGGGGAACAUCAUUGCAUCGAUGUUUGUCUCAAUGACAAAACUCACAACCUUGUCCCUUGCAUGGAACAGUUUCACCGGCACAACUCCAUGUUCCUUAUUCAACAUGACAUCACUUCGAAUUCUUGAUCUUAGGGGUAACAGUCUCUGGGGCUCCCUACCUUCCAACAUGUUCUUGUCACCUUCUUUGGAAUAUGUCACUUUCUAUGGUAACAAAAUCUCCGGCACUCUCCCUUCCUCUGUUUCCAACAAUUCGCAGCAGCUGCGAGUAGUUGAUAUACGCAAUAACCGGAUGUUUGGGGAACUUCCCCGAAACAUUUUCCGUCAUCUUCCUUACUUGGAAGUGCUUUCAUUAUCUAGAAAUGGAUUCUUUGGUGAGAUUCCAGAUAGCUUGUUCAGCUGCAAAGAGCUAUGGCAUUUAGAUUUGUCCAACAACAACUUCAGUGGAAACAUACCUCCUGGGAUUGGGAACUUAACCCACCUCAAAUAUAUCUACCUUCAAUCCAACAAUUUUGGAGGUAUGCUUAGCUUUAGUGCACUUUUCAAUUCGAAAAAUGAUAUUUUAUGA